AUGGGGAAUUUUUGUUCCAUCUCUCUCUUGUGUCUGACCUUUAUAUCGGCUUGUGCGGCACUCGAUACCGAGCUAAUCGUUUCAAAUGCGAUGAUUGCCCCGGAUGGUUUUGCAAAUGAUGCUAUCGUGGUCAAUGGUAACUACCCCGGACCAGUUCUUACAGCUGUGAAGGGCGAGCGAUUUCAAGUCAAUGUCACGAAUGUGUUGGUGGAUGAGUCGAUGAACAGGAGUACAUCCAUACACUGGCAUGGAAUCAAUCAAUAUUUGUCGAAUGAGAUGGAUGGAACUGCAAUGGUGACGCAGUGCCCCAUAGCGUCUGGGCAUUCUUUCGUGUACAACUUCAUGCCGGUCAACCAGAGCGGGACAUUUUGGUAUCAUUCACAUUUAGCGCUCCAGUACUGUGAAGGUUUGAGAGGACCCAUUGUCAUUUAUGACCCGCUAGAUCCAUACCUGGACAUGUAUGAUGUCGAUGACACAUCGACUAUCCUUACUAUAUCGGAUUGGUAUCACAUGAACCCAUACGACGUCCCCGCGUCCGCCACUCCCGAUGCAAUCCUCAUUAAUGGCCGCGGACGCUAUGAAGGUGGACCGUCGGUACCUCUUUCUGUCCUCAGCGUUGUGCAGGGCAAACGCUACCGUAUCCGAUUGAUAAACAUGGCAUGCAAACCAAGUUUCGUGUUCUCGAUCGAUGGCCACACGUUUACAGUCAUCGAGGCAGACAGUGAAAACACAUUGCCUCUGACCGUCGACUCAAUCCCAAUAUUGGCCGGGCAGCGGUACUCUUUAAUCCUGAAUGCCAAUCAGACGGUCGACAACUACUGGAUUCGGGCCAAUCCUAGUAAUUAUGAUUCGACCUUUGCAGGAGGACUUAAUUCUGCGAUUCUUCAAUAUGAAGGAGCUUCGGAACGGGACCCCAUAGACAGAGAUUGGAUUUUAAGUAACCCAUUGGCUGAACACCACUUGCACGCGCUGGAAAGCCCUGAAGCCCCUGGUCUUCCAGAAGCCGGUGGCGCAGACGUCUCGCUGAAUCUGGUCAGCGUGUGGGACAGCAAUAUGGGGAAAUUUCUCAUCAAUGGGUACAGCUAUACCCCGCCGACUACUCCGGUUUUAAUGCAAAUCUUGACCGGACAAUUGGCGGCCUCUCAGCUGCAGCCCUAUGGGUCUGUUUACACCUUGCCUGCCAACAAAAUAAUCGAGCUCUCUAUACCAGGCGGACAGCCCGAGGGACAGCAUCCUUUCCACUUGCAUGGUCACCCCUUUUCCGUUGUAAGAAGCGCUGGGAGCGAUGUAUAUAAUUACCAGAAUCCUGUCCGGCGAGAUACGACAAGCAAUGGUAUUGCGGGCGACAAUGUGACAAUCCGAUUUAGAACCGAUAAUUCCGGGCCAUGGUUAUUCCACUGCCACAUUGACUGGCACCUUGAACUGGGUAUGGCUGUGGUGUUUGCAGAAGACGCCGACUCUACUUCUUUGAGCGUAACACCUGAUGUAGCUGCAUGGAAGCAGUUGUGUCCGAACUAUGAUGAUUAA